AUGGAUCCACAGGUCGUCGACGAUAAGAAAUCUCAAGAGCCUAAUCUGAAGCGUCAUAAGCGGGAGGAGAAGUGCGAAGAGAUAUCGUCGUCCAGCGACUCGACGUGUAGUUUUGAUUCGGAAGAUGAACGAUUGGUCAAUGAAGAACACAAAAGAAACGGGGAUUACGACUUUGACACCACAAAACAAAGAAACCUUGUGAUUCGCUAUCCUGUUAACGUCGAGGAUAACGACGUUGCUGAUGAACCCGAAACCGACGGAGACUUGGUCCACCGGUUAUCCAAGAUGGCUCUUGAGAAACUCAAUGCUGAUAAUCUGAUAAAUCUUGAGUUUGUGAAAGCUGUCAAGGCUAAUUGGCAUUAUGGCGGGGAACGCACUUUGUACAUCACUUUUGAGGCCAAAGAUGCUAAUUCUCUAACUGCUGACCCCAUAUGUUUUCAAGCUACCGUUAGCAACCUUCCAUGGAAUGUAACGGUCUACCGUCUACCGUGUCAACCGUAA